UCUGUGACGUAACCCGGAAGUACUUUUCAUCGGCACUAAACAAGAGGAUGCUCGGUUAGCCAGCGACCUAGCUGCUGAACAAGUCGGGAAGUUGCAAUAUUCAUUUUUACCGCUAAACCCCAAGAAAGAAUGCAGGUUCUCGGUCGUCUGAGCGUGACGGUUAACGUGUAAGCGCUGUUUAUUUGCUAAAUUCAGGAGACGAAUCAGCUCCUGAAGCUAGUUAGCAUCGACACGCUAACGUUGUCGAGGCCACAGGCUGCACGGUCUGUUACGAGUUAGCGUGGUUAGUUGGUUGCAAACUGAUUUGUUUUCGAAGGAGGGACGCGACGCUACUUAAAUUAUCAUAGUAGUAUAUCAUUGAGUGGCGACUGUAGUUCAGGGCAUGUAAUUCAACUUGACAGACGCGUUUACAAGCCCGUGUUAAAGGUGCAGGUGGAGAUUGGACUUCUGUCAGUAGAUUAGGCGAAGACAAAAAGUGUAGUCAUGGACGAUUUUACUUCGAUCAGUCUGCUGUCGCUUGCAAUGUUGGUGGGAUGUUAUGUGGCCGGGACAAUCCCUUUAGCUGUCAACUUUUCAGAGGAGAAGCUGAAGCUGGUCACUGUGCUGGGAGCAGGGCUGCUCUGCGGAACCGCACUGGCCGUUAUCAUCCCUGAAGGAGUCCAUGCACUUUACGAAGAAAUCCUAGAAGGUGGACACCACAGCCACAGUCAGGCUGCUGAAGUCUCAGAGACCAAGGUUGAAGCUGAGGCAGCUCUGGGUGCAGCUGGGAAACACGAACACAGUCACGAGGAGCUUCAUGCCUGCAUCGGCGUGUCUCUGGUCCUGGGGUUUGUCUUUAUGCUACUUGUGGACCAGAUUGGAAGUUCUCAUGUGCACAACACUGAAGAUCCAGAGUCAGGAAGAGUCGCAAAUUCAAAAAUAACCACUACCUUGGGCCUGGUUGUGCAUGCUGCUGCCGAUGGGGUAGCUCUAGGAGCUGCUGCCUCAACCUCCCAGACCAGCGUUCAGCUCAUUGUCUUUGUAGCUAUCAUGUUGCAUAAGGCCCCAGCUGCGUUUGGUCUGGUGUCUUUCCUGAUGCACGCUGGUCUUGAAAGGAACCGCAUUCGCAAACAUCUCCUGGUCUUUGCUUUGGCAGCACCUGUCCUCUCCAUGCUCACAUUUCUGGGUCUUAGCCAGAGCAGCAAAGAGGCCUUGUCGGACUUCAACGCCACCGGUGUUGCCAUGCUUUUCUCCGCCGGCACAUUUCUCUAUGUGGCCACUGUCCACGUCCUCCCCGAGGUCGGGGGUGGCAGCCACAGUCACGCGCCCACAGGAGGCAACGGAGGGAAAGGACUAAGCAAGGUGGAGGUGGGAGCUCUGGUGCUGGGCUGCCUCAUCCCACUGGUGCUGUCCAUAGGUCACCACCAUUAGACUCACCGUUCAUACACGGACAGUACAGGGAAGGCAGCAGAACCAGAGACUUCAAACAUUGCUCUAUUAAUGUCUUAUUGCUUGUUGUCUGCCGAUUGACCUUGUGGACCAGACCGGUGUUUGUUACCGGGACAAUUUGACUUGAAGUUGAAGUUGAAACAGGGAAAGCAGAGCUACUGGAUCGACAAUAAUGCCCCCCCCCCCAAAAUGAUAUGGAAACUGUAAGUGGCAGCAUGUGUCACCAGAUGGAUGAAGGCCAGACGCCUUAUUUAGAUCACUGUGUGUCUGUGUUUAUUGUGCUUAAAGUCAGAACCAAGCCUGGUUUCAUUACAGUGAUGCUUUACUAGUUGGCAGUUGCACAGUGACAUUGGGAUUAAGUCUUACUUACGCUUGUGAUUUUGAGGAAGCAAAUCUUUUAUAUAAUUGUACAGUUCUCUCUACAAAAGUCCAGAAUGAAGUGCCAUAUUAUCAAGAUGAAAACCGACCCCGACCUGGAAAUGUUCCUUGCUAUUUUCUUACCGACACAAAUCUUGUAUUCUUAUUCAAAUUUAAGGCAGGAGUCAGGUCCUGGGGGCAAAAAAAAUCAGUGGAGGGAGAGAAAAGGCUGAAACGGAGAUUGACCAGUCUUUACCUAUCAUGAUUUACAUUACUCAUUGUAAUGUUUGUAAUUUUGCUUUCAUCUGUUCCGUUUCAGAACACGGUCAUUUAUUUUCUGUUUGACUUUGAGUAUUUAGAAAUAGAGUGCAGUAAAAAAAUUCAGUGACCUGGUCUUAAAUGAUUGUAUAGAACGUUACAAAGGUUAUUUUAAAGGUGGAGGGAUUUUUCAUCAGAUCUGAAUGAAUUAUUGGCUUCAAUGGGACAAAACUGGAUGAGAAGCCGUUGGGACCACAUUGUGAGAGAUUUUUGACAGAAUCUUUUUUUUUUUAUUUUACUUUGAACUCCUCAUGAGUCACACCUGAGCAAUAAUCACGAGAAGGAGAAGCUGGGACAUUCUUCCUGAGGCUGCAGGUGCUUUUGCCUUCAUGUUCAUAUGUGAUUGACAUUUGAAGAGGUCGGGGCUCCUGAGCACAGGCCUGCCCUGGUAUCCACACAACGGAGGUACACUAAUGCAGGAACUGGUGGAUGCAGCGCAAUGGAAGUGGGCUGCUCCCCCUGCUGUGAGGUCAAGAGGAUGUUGUGUUUCUGUGUCACUGCUCCUGCCCUGCGCAGAGCGCACAUGUCUGUAUAUGUGUGUAAGUAUGUAUGUACACUGUACAGAGUAACCUCUUCCAGUCAUCACCGUCUCCCGUGUGAGAUGGAACUGCUCUCUCACAAACCCGCUUUUAUUUUGACUCUGUUUGGAUUCACAGACUGUUACUGUCACGAGAGGCUGCCGGCUGUGAGAGGAGUCUCUGUUUUAUGUAUAAACUGAAUGGUUUUACACUCAACUUCUUAAUUAAUUACAACUUCUGUGAUGAGAAACUCUCGGAUGCAUUUCUUUUUAUUUGUGCUAAGAGAAACCUUUUGGGGGAGGCUUUGUACAGAAGGUAUGUUUGAGUUGAUCUGGGAAACUGUUGGGACUUUUAUUUUCAUCCUUUUAUUUAGAAAUGUUUUGAACUAAGUUAUUUUUAUUUGUGUCUUUCAGAAAUGACAAAAUAGCAAAAAAAUGCUUGUCAUGCGUUCUCAAAAGUCAGAGCAGCAUUUUAAAACCCAGAUGCAGCCAGUUUGUGUAUUUGACUUCACAGUUAUUUAAGAUUGAAUAUCACAUAUACAUUAUUAAAAAUGAAAACAGAUGGAGA